AUGGAGACCCAGAGCAGGUUGCUCGUCAGCCUGUGCGCCGCCGUGCUGCUGCUGCUGCUCCUCGCUCCGGGCCUCGCCGCUGCCUUCAACUACGCCGACGCGCUCGCCAAGUCAAUCAUCUACUUCGAGGGCCAGCGCUCCGGCAAGCUGCCGCCGGGCAACCGCAUGGCCUGGCGCGGCGACUCCGGCCUCAGCGACGGCGCCCAGCACAAUGUGGACCUGGUGGGCGGGUACUACGACGCCGGCGACAACGUCAAGUUCGGCCUGCCCAUGGCGUUCACCACCACGAUGCUGGCGUGGAGCGUGGCGGACAUGGGCAAGUUCAUGGGGGCCGAGCUGCCGCACGCCAGGGCCGCCGUGCGCUGGGGCGCCGACUACCUGCUCAAGGCCGCCACGUCGACCCCGGGCACGCUCUACGUCCAGGUGGGCGACCCGGCGCAGGACCACCGGUGCUGGGAGCGGCCGGAGGACAUGGACACAGCGCGGGCCGUGUACGCCGUGGGCGCCGGGGGCGCGCCGGGCUCCGACGUGGCCGCCGAGACGGCCGCGGCGCUGGCGGCGUCCGCCGUUGCGCUCCGCCGCGCCGACCCGGCGUACGCGGCCCGCCUGGUCCGCGCCGCAGUGCUGGCGUUCGAGCUCGCCGACCGCCACCGGGGCUCCUACAGCGCGGGGGCGCUCAGCUCCGCGGUCUGCCCGUUCUACUGCUCCUACUCCGGGUACGAGGACGAGCUGCUGUGGGCGGCCGCGUGGCUGCACCGCGCCUCUGGCAACGCCACCUUCAUGGCGUACGUGCGCGCCAACGGCGCCCAGGACGGCGCGGGGGACGACGACUACUCCUUCAGCUGGGACGACAAGCGCAUCGGCACCAAGGUGCUGCUGGCCAGGGCCGUCCUGCGCCGGGACCGGGGCCGGAACCUCCCGGGGCUGCAGCCCUACAAGGCGCACUCCGACAGCUACAUCUGCUCGCUGGUGCCCGGCGCCAGCGGGUUCCAGGCCGGGCAGUACACCCCGGGCGGGCUCCUCUACCGUGAAGGCAGCAGCAACAUGCAGUACGUGACGGCGACCACGUUCCUGCUGCUGGCGUACGCCAAGUACCUCCGGUCCGCCGGCGCCACCGCGGCGUGCGGCGGCGGGCGGGGCGAGGUGGCCCCCGCGGAGCUGGUGGCGCUGGCGAAGCGCCAGGUGGACUACAUCCUGGGGAAGAACCCCGCCGGGACGUCCUACAUGGUGGGGUUCGGGGACCGGUACCCGCGCCGGCUGCACCACCGCGGCGCGUCCAUGCCGUCGGUGCGCGCGCACCCGGCAAGGAUCGGCUGCGACCAGGGGUUCGCGUACCUGCACUCGGCGGCGCCCGACGCCAAUGUGCUGGUGGGCGCCGUCGUGGGCGGGCCCGACGCGCGCGACGGAUUCGUCGACGACCGCGACAGCUACGGCCAGACCGAGCCCGCCACCUACAUCAACGCGCCGCUCGUCGGCGUGCUCGCUUACUUCGCCGGCACCACCAAGUAUUGA